AUGAGCAAGUUAACAUUUAUCACACUAAACUGUCGGGGUCUGCGCACAGCUGAUAACAGAGCAACGUUGUUUCAGUGGGCAAAUUGCGCUAAAACUGAUUUUGUGUGUCUACAGGAGACUCAUUCAAGUUCCGAGGAAGAGUUUUCAUCUUGGUUGGAUCAUGCCACCUCGUCGGGCUGUAAUAAGUUUGGUUACAAAUGCAUUUCUUCUCCGGAAACCAUUCUUAGUUGUGGGGUUGCCAUUUUAUACAAUCCUAGUUAUGAUGUUGUCAGUUGCACUCGUGACCAAGAUGGUCGGCUUUUGUGCGCAGAGUUUUCCAAGGAUGGUAAUUUGAUUCAGUUGGUGAACAUAUAUGCUCCAAAUACCGCAAAGCCUGCGUCUACUUUCUUUGAAUCAUUAUAUCAAGUGCUUGAUCCCGACACCCCGACGGUGUUGUGUGGCGAUUUUAAUACUGCGGUGGAUCCGAUCAAAGACCGUUUUGGUUGUAACUCUCAAUCACCCUCGGCGUAUAAUUGGUCAGUGACUUUGCAUCACUUAAUGUCCACGUAUGAUUUGCACGAUGCAUGGCGUACAAUUCAUCCAAAUGCUCAGGAAUACUCUUGGCAUCGCCCCAACGGCCGUCAAGCCUCGCGAAUAGACAUGUUUUGGCUUUCUGCCUUGCUCUUGUCCUGUGUCAAGCGUGUCGAUAUCCUUCCCUUUUUCUGCUCUGACCACUCCACUGUAUAUUUGGAGCUUUGUCUUCCAUCCGGCACCCAUCGUGGACAUGGUGUUUGGAAGUUGAAUACUCGGCACCUUUCAGAUGAGUCCUUCGUUAAACUAGUGUCGGACGUUUGGUCAUCUUGGAGAGUGUAUAAAUCUUCUUUCUUGAUGCUUACUGCGUGGUGGGAUGCAGGCAAGGCGCGACUAAAACAAUAUAUCCGUGUAUUUUCUAAGAAAAAAGCUGUCAGCCGUCGAAAGCUCAUUGUAUCGUUAGAGCAUACCUUAUUUCAUUUGAACAGACGUCUGCUUGAUGGUGACGAGGUCCUUCCAAUCAUUGAAGAUGUUAAAAGUGAACUGGAGGCUGCUCAUAGAGAUGAAGCGAGAGGAGCCCGUAUUCGCGCAAACGUUCAAUGGGCAGAAGAGGGAGAAGCCUCUACCAAGUAUUUUUUCGGUUUAGAACGUAAACGUGGUCAACGCAGGAUCUUUAUUUCAGUUAAAAACACGGCCGGCACGGUGGUUUCUACCUUCGUAGGUAUCGCUCGGGCGUGGGUGGCCCUUUAUGGGUUACUAUUUACAUCGCAAAGCCUAGAUCGAAUUGAACAAGACUUCUUCUUGAAUUCCUUGUCAAUGAAACUGUCCAGCGCUGAACAAAGUUUGUGUGAAGGGGAACUAACUGAGGGGGAAUGCAAGAGAGCACUGGAUGCCGUGGCUACUGGUAAAUCCCCGGGCCUUGAUGGACUUCCAGCUGAGUUCUAUCAACGUUUUUGGUCGCUUCUCGGAACUGAUUUUGUCGAUGUCAUUAAUUUUGCUUAUAAUCAUGGACAAUUGUCUCCCUCGCAGGGAUCGGGGGUUAUCACGCUCAUCCAUAAGCGUGGGGAUCGUCUUAAUAAUUGA